AUGGCCUCAAACCCAACAGAAGAAACCCAAAAAUACCACGUCAACCCCCGAGACGCCCAAUCCUUCGUAGAAGCAAUCCUAAAAGGCAACGGCGUCCCGCAGGAGAACGCCGAAAUAGUAGCAAAAUGCCUCGUAGCAGCCGAUCUCAGAGGCGUAGACACCCACGGCAUCAAUCGCAUCCCAUCCUAUAUGGCUCGCAUCCGUCAAGGAGUCCUGGACGCCACGGCACAACCUACCCUCCGAGAAAUCACCCCUGUAGUCGCGCAGGUAGAUGCAAACAAUGCAUUCGGAUUCAUAGCCGCUCACAACGGGAUGGCAAAAGCGAUUCAAAUGGCGGAGUUGUACGGGAUUGGAAUGGCGAGUGUGAAGCAUAGUAAUCAUUUCGGCAUGUCGGCUUGGGUCGUUCAGCAGGCUAUUGAUGCUGGGAUGAUGAGUUUGGUGUUUACGAACUCGUCGCCAGCUUUACCGGUCUGGGGCGGGAAAGAGAAACUUAUGGGUGUGAGUCCUAUUGCUUGCGGUGCUCCCGGAGGAAAGGAGAAGCCUUUCAUACUUGAUAUGGCCCCGUCCGUGGCGGCGAGGGGAAAGAUUUACAAGGCGAAGAGAAGAGGAGAGAAGAUUCCGAUAGAUUGGGCCUUGGACGCUGAGGGAAGGCAGACGAAUGAUCCGGCUGCUGCAUUGGACGGCGUCAUGUUGCCUAUGGGAGGACCAAAGGGGUCGGCUUUGUCGAUAAGUCAGUAUUGGAGACUUCCGCUCUGGGUCGAGAGUUGACAUUUUGACAGUGAUGGACGUCUUCUCCGGCGUGCUAUCCGGGAGUGCCUUCGCAGGACACGUCACCAAUCCAUACGAUCCCAGCAAACCAGCAGACGUCGGCCACUUCCUUAUUGCCAUUAAGCCGGAUCUGUUCAUGUCUCUGGACGACUUCCGUGAGCGGAUGGAUUAUCUGUACAAGCGUGUCGUCGAGUCAGACAAAAUGGCAGGCGUUGAUCGGAUUUACUUUCCUGGUGAAAUUGAGCAGAUAACGGAAGAGUCGAGACGAAAGUCCGGCAUUCCAUAUGUUGAGGCUGAGGUGAAUGCUCUGAAUGAAGAAGCGGAUAGGGUGGGCGUGGAGAGGAUCAAGGUCAUUGAUCAGUAG